GCGAGUAGGAAAGUUCUUUUUUUUUUCUUCUUCCGGUUUUUCAUCAAAACAUAUUCAGCUACCCUUUUUUUUGCUGUGUGUGAAUCUCUUGAAAAGAGAAGAAAUCAUACUCUUAUUAUUGGUAACACUGUAAUGCCAAGUCUGAUGCCACCAACUCCAACUGUGCUGAGUUGGAAGUUACAAGUCAUACUAUAUUUUGAUGCUUCACUCUCUGAUGUGUUCUCAGCCUCCCAGAACUGAAUUUCAUGCCAAGGAGUCAGCAUAACACUUCAGGUAUUGAAUGAAAGAAAAUGCCUCAGCUGAUGCAUUUGAAAGAAGGAAGUUCCCUUCCUUUGUAAAUGCUACAGGGUCAGCCAACAACUUGCUGCAUCUUCCAAAGCAAGACUAGGAGAGAAUGAAGAACAGUUAAGCUCAGAAGCCGGAACCACCACUUGCCUUGAUUUUGCAUCAAACAAUAAUCAUGAAGUCGCAGUUCUCUAUUGUUGCAAUUAUUCUAUUAGGCUCCACACUGUCUUUCUGUGGCAUGAUUGUAGCUGACUUGAAGUCUGACAAAGAAGCUCUGUUGGAGUUUGCUUCAAGUGUCCUACAUGCCCCAAGACUCAACUGGAAGAAUGACUCUGCCUCAAUUUGCAACUCAUGGGUUGGUGUGACAUGCAACUCAAAUGGCACACGUGUCAUAGGCCUUCACCUUCCAGGAAUGGGAUUAACUGGGACCAUUCAAGAGAACAGCAUAGGAAAACUAGAUGCUCUUAGGGUCCUCAGUCUUCAUUCCAAUGGUCUCAGAGGAAAUCUUCCUUUUAACAUCCUCUCUAUUCCUUCACUCCAAUUUGUAUACCUUCAGCACAAUAACUUCUCUGGUUCAAUUCCUUCUCCUGUGUCCCCUAAACUCUUUGCAUUGGAUAUCUCCUGUAACUCAUUUUCUGGCAGCAUCCCACCUGCAAUUCAGAACCUCAGAAGACUCGCUUGGUUGUAUCUCCAAAACAAUUCCAUAUCUGGGGCAAUUCCUGACUUCAACCUUCCAAGUCUCAAACAUUUGAACUUGAGUUAUAAUAACUUCAAUGGCUCAAUUCCAAAUUCCAUAAAGACAUUCCCUUAUUCUUCUUUUGUCGGUAACUCUCUCUUAUGUGGGCCACCACUAAAUGAUUGCUCUACAAUCUCCCCUUCUCCAUCUGCUUCCACUGAUGCUUACCAGCCACUCACCCCACCUACCAUCCAAAACCAAAAGGGUACCAACCAUAAGAAAAGCUUUGGCCUGGCUCCUAUUCUUGCUCUAGUCAUUGGGGUCUUUGCCUUCCUCUCUCUGCUAGUUGUAGUGAUCUGUGUGUUCUGUUUGAAGAGGAAGAAGAACAGUACAAGCAGUGGCAUACUGAAAGGAAAGGCUUCGUGUGCUGGAAAGACAGAGGUUUCAAAGAGUUUCGGAAGUGGUGUGCAAGGGGCCGAAAAAAACAAACUAUAUUUCUUUGAAGGUUCCUCUUCAAGCUUUGACCUUGAGGAUUUGUUGAAGGCUUCAGCUGAAGUUCUUGGAAAAGGAAGUUAUGGAACAGCAUAUAAGGCUGUUUUGGAGGAGGGAACAACAGUGGUAGUGAAAAGGUUGAAAGAAGUUGUGGUAGGAAAAAAGGAGUUUGAGCAGCAUUUGGAGAUUGUGGGGAAAUUUGGAAGCCACCCAAAUGUGAUGCCCCUAAGGGCUUAUUACUAUUCCAAAGAUGAAAAACUUCUGGUUUACAACUACAUGCCAGGUGGCAGCUUGUUUUUCUUGUUGCACGGAAACAGAGGUGCUGGAAGAACCCCACUUGACUGGGAUUCCAGAGUGAAGAUUUUGCAUGGAGCAGCCAAGGGAAUUGCUUUCAUCCACUCAGAGGGAGGUCCAAAAUUCACACAUGGGAACAUCAAGUCAAACAAUGUGCUGAUAACCCAAGAACUAGAAGGCUGCAUCAGUGACGUUGGAUUGCCACCUCUAAUGAACACCACCCCAGCAACCAUGUCUAGAGCCAAUGGAUAUAGAGCUCCAGAAGUCACAGACUCAAAGAAGAUCACUCAGAAGUCUGAUGUAUACAGCUUUGGGGUAGUGCUGCUGGAAAUGCUGACAGGGAAGACCCCACUGAGGUAUCCAGGGUAUGAGGAUGUGGUUGAUCUUCCAAGGUGGGUGAGGUCUGUGGUUAGGGAGGAAUGGACAGCAGAAGUGUUUGAUGAGGAGCUUCUGAGAGGGCAGUACGUUGAAGAGGAAAUGGUGCAGAUGCUUCAGAUUGCAUUGGCAUGUGUAGCUAAGGGCUCAGAAAAUAGGCCUAGAAUGGAUGAAGUUGCUAGAAUGAUUGAGGAAAUUAAGCAUCCUGAGUUGAAGAACCGACCAUCUUCUGAGUCUGAAUCUAAUGUGCAAACACCAUGAUCAAUCUUUUUGUCUUUUCCUUCAACUUUGUUUCAGAGGGAGAGUAAUAAAAUUUCAAGAGAAUGGGGUGUUCUCGUAUUUAUGUCCUCAAUUAAUAAGCAUGUUUCAUUGUAAAAUACUACUCAUGUUUUAUUUAUUUUUUUUAUUAUUCAUGUUGCCACCUUAACAGCUUCCUUCAUGUUUCACAAAGUUAUGAAAAAUUUGGCUCAUUGUUGUUCAGUCUCUGGA